AUAUAAUAGGUGUUCAACACUUGUUUGUCACAAUUGUACUUUAGAUGUGUGUGUGUUUAUAUAUGGUAUGCUCACAUAUGUACACAGACACAUUGUAGCUAAGGAUUCAUAUGACUACAUAGUUUGAAAAGUCAUACACAAAAAAAUUACCAAGGAUAGGAACUGGCCUCAGUCUGUAGAUAAGUAACUUUAGCAUAGUUCUUUUAAAACUGGCUGAAUUUAUACACCAUCUUCACGAACAUUUAGUGACUUUCAUCUGGCAUCCCUGUUUCCUGUCAUUGUCUUCCAGAUAGUCUUGGAUAUCACAGUUCUUUUUAAUGAAAAUGUAUUUUUUACUUAGGGUUGACAGAAGUUUGACUUCUGUGGAAAUCAACAUUCAGCAUAGUUGGGAAUUUGUUGUUACUUAGUUAAAAAGAUCUCAGAUCAUAAAUUAUAAUUAUACUAUGUAGCAAUAUGUCAUUUGCUAGGGAGAUUGAAAAAUUGAGGAUGGGAAUUGAUAUAGUUGUUUUUAUUUGAACGUGAGAAAUUGCAAGUGGGUGAGAUUAAGAAACUGUUACCUCCCCUGAUGUGGAAAGAGUUUGAUGAUUGGCAGGGGAUGUGGAAAAUCCUUCACUAAGCCUCAGAGAAUCUUCUUGUCUACCGUCCUUAGUCUCCUUGUAGAUUAGGAUUUGGGGAACUGAAGGGGGAUGGGGAGAUUUAGGAAUGGCAUACCUAUGGAAGUAUCUGGCCAUUGCAGUUUUCUCUUUUAGGGUAUACAGAUAUAUAUUUAUAUUUAAAUAUUUCAUGUUUUGUGUUUUUAUUUGCUAAUGAGCUUUUUCAUGAAAACAAUAAUGCAUUAUCUUAAAUUUUACCUUCAACAUUAAUCUCCGUACUUCACUGCUAAAGUAGGUAUAACAUAUACUUUAUCUUUUUAAACUCUUAAUAGCGUUAUUCUGUCACAAAAGGAAAAUGAAUGGAAAUGAAUGUAUUGAUUCAAAAGAAAGUGGAGAAUAUGAAGAUGACUUUGAAAAGGAUCUGGAGUGGUUAAUUAAUGAAAAAGAAAAAAACAAUGUCAACAUGAUAGAGAUGGCUUCUGGGAAAGAAGAAAUCAUUAACCAUGCAUUAAAAGAGAAAGAAGCAGAAAUAGAAUGCACCAAGCAGCUUUCUGAUCCUGACAGAUCUUUGAAGGAUGAAGUUUCACCAAGAAGAAAUGACUUCAUUUCUGUACCAAGUAUUCAAACUUCAGAUCCCAUGUCAGAUUCAGAUAGUGAAAACUCUUUCCAGGAAUCCAAAAUGGAAAGCCAGAAAGACCUGGAGGAAGAAGAGGAUGAGGAAGUAAGGCGAUAUAUUAUGGAGAAGAUUAUACAAGCCAACAGACUUCUACAGAAUCAAGAACCUGUGGAUGAUAAAAGGGAGCGAAAACUUAAGUUCAAGGACAAAUUAGUUGAUCUAGAAGUUCCUCCACUGGAAGACAAUGAUACUUACAAAAAUUGCUUUGAAAAUGAAAGUAAGAUGUCUGGAAAACUGUCACAGUUAUAUAUUUCCAAUGAAAUUAGGCAAGAAGAUAUGCUCCUAUCACUUAAUGAUGGAAGUUGUGAAGAAAACAAGGAUAGAAAGAUACUAGUAGAGAGAGAUGGAAAGUUCGAACUUCUGAAUUUACAAGACAUUGAGAGCCAGGGCUUUUUGCCACCCAUUAAUAAUGGUAAUAAUACAGAAAAUGAACCUCAGGAAUUAUCACCCAGAUCUCCCAACUCAUCUGUCAGCGGUGUUAAGAAAGAAGAGCCUGUAGCAAAGAUUCAUGCUAUUGCUCACUCAUCAAUAGGAGAGCCACUGGCUUAUAUCCCUCAGCCACCAGCCAAUCCCAAGACUCGUCCAAACUCUGCUGCCAGCUCAGAUAGAAGUAAAGGGAAUGGGAAAUCUAAUUAUAGGACCCACUCUACAAAUAUAUCUCCAGUUACCUCAACAUAUUGUCUUUCCCCUCGACAGAAAGAACUGCAAAAACAGCUAGAACAAAGGAGAGAGAAGCUAAAGAGAGAGGAAGAACAACGGAGAAUAGAAGAAGAGAAAGAAAAGAAAAGAGAGAAUGACAUAGUGUUUAAAGCAUGGUUACAAAAGAAACGAGAGCAGGUUCUAGAAAUGAGGAGAAUUCAGCGAGCAAAGGAAAUGGAAGACGUGAACAGUAGACAGGAAAACAGAGAUCCACAUCAAGCUUUUCGGUUAUGGCUUAAGAAAAAGCAUGAAGAGCAGAUGAAAGAAAGAAAGACAGAAGAACUAAGAAGGCAAGAAGAAUGCUUAUUCUUCCUUAAAGGAACAGAAGGCCGUGAAAGGGCCUUUAAACAAUGGCUAAGAAGGAAACGCAUAGAGAAACUAGCAGAGCAACAAGCUGUCAAAGAGAGAAGCAGGCAGCUCCGACUAGAAGCCAAGCGUUCUAAACAGUUACAGAGCCACCUGUAUAGUAUGUCAGAAGCCAGAUCUUUUCGUUUUAGUGAUCAUUACAACUGAAGGUAUCUAUUAAAUACUUCAUUUGGCAGGUGCUGUCCUGCAAAAUUUUGUAUAUCAUUUCUUAUGGCUUGUGUGCUUUGCUCAUACUUUAAAUUAUGGAAGUGGUAUUUACCUUUUGGUGAUGUUAACAAGGAAUUUAUCUUUUUUUUUUUAAUGCUAGAACAAAAUAAAUUGUUUAUUUUGUGAUGUUGUAAUGUAUUGUGCCAUCUCUGUGUCUAUUCAACAAAUAGAACAACAAAUGAGCUCUAUGUUGCUUUGAUUCUAAAUUAUUUUAUUAACAUUUUUGGCUGGGAAGAACACAAGAAAGAUAUAGAUUUCUAUCCCAUAGU